UUCACUAAGCAGAGACCAUCAAAAUUAAAGUUUGCCUUUGAAAAUUUGUGCUAUAAAUAUUUUCUUGUGUUCCUUACCAUUUCAUCCACACUUAUUUUUCUAUAGCUUUUCUUCUUUCAUUUAAACCAUAUACAGUUUCUACAAAAUCAUUCAUGGCAUGGUUUCUUCUGUUUUUGCAUCUUUUUCUCUUUCAUUUUCCAUUAUUCUCUUCUUCUUUCAAUUUUUCAUGCCAUCACGAUGAGAGCUUUGCUUUGCUUCAGUUCGAGUCCUCCUUCACGUUAUUAUCUUCUACCUCUUUUGAUUAUUGCACCGGUAAUGAACCUUCAACAACAACAUGGAAAAAUGGGACUGAUUGCUGCUCAUGGAAUGGUGUCACGUGCGACACCAUCUCUGGUCGCGUGAUUGGCCUCAAUCUUGGCUGUGAAGGUCUUCAAGGCAUAUUACAUCCGAAUAGUACCCUUUUCCAUCUUGUUCAUCUCCAAACACUCAACCUUGUAUACAAUAAUUUCUCCGGCUCUCGUUUUCAUUCUAAGUUUGGUGGGUUUCAGAGUCUUACACAUCUUUACUUGUCUUAUAGUAACAUUUAUGGUGAAAUUCCAACUCAAAUCUCAUAUCUUUCCAAAUUACAAUCCCUUUAUCUCUCUGGGAAUGAGUUAGUUUUGAAAGAGAUCACCUUGAACAGACUGCUGCAAAAUGCAACAGAUUUACAAGAGCUGUUUUUGUAUAGAACUAAUAUGUCUUCAAUAAGACCAAACUCCUUUCCUUUGCUCUUCAACCAAUCUUCCUCUUUGGUUAUACUUAGUCUUAAAGCAACUGAAUUAAGUGGGAACUUGAAAAAUAACUUUCUUUGUUUACCAAGUAUUCAAGAGCUAUAUAUGUCGGAUAAUCCCAACUUUGAAGGCCAACUUCCAGAAUUGAGUUGCAGCAUUUCUCUUAGAAUCUUAGAUCUGUCAGUUUGUCAAUUCCAAGGGAAAAUUCCUAUUUCUUUUUCUAACCUCGCACAUCUUACCUCUUUAAUUCUCUCAAGUAACCGCCUAAACGGUUCAAUCCCAUCCUCACUUUUAACACUUCCACGUCUAACUUUCUUGGAUCUCGGUUACAACCAACUCAGUGGUCGAAUUCCAAAUGCAUUUCAGAUGUCAAACAAAUUUCAAAAAUUAGAUUUGAGUCAUAACAAAAUUGAAGGUGUGGUUCCAACAUCAAUUUCAAACCUUCAACAACUCAUUCACUUGGAUCUUGGAUGGAAUUCAUUUAGUGAUCAAAUACCAUCCUCACUUUCAAAUCUUCAACAACUUAUUCACUUGGAUCUUGGAUCGAAUUCAUUUAGUGGUCAAAUACUAUCCUCAUUUUCAAACCUUCAACAACUCAUUCACUUGGAUCUUGGAUGGAAUUCAUUUAGUGGUCAAAUACCAUUCUCACUUUCAAACCUUCAACAACUUAUUCACUUGGAUAUUUCUUCCAAUGCAUUUAGCGGUCCAAUACCAGAUGUGUUUGGUGGGAUGACAAAACUGCAAGAACUCGACUUAGAUUAUAACAAGUUAGAAGGACAAAUUCCAUCAUCAUUAUUUAACUUGACUCAACUUGUUGCAUUAGGUUGUUCUAAUAAUAAAUUAGAUGGUCCCCUGCCCAACAAAAUUACAGGGUUCCAAAAGCUAACAAAUUUGAGAUUAAAUGACAACUUGAUAAAUGGAACAAUUCCUUCCUCCUUGUUAUCAUAUUCCUUAGACACACUAGUUCUAAGCAACAACCGGCUACAAGGCAAUAUUCCAGAAUGCAUUUUCAGCCUAACAAAGCUAGAUGAACUAGAUCUAUCAUCAAACAACUUGAGUGGUGUUGUCAAUUUUAAACUCUUCUCCAAAUUUGCUGACCUGGAAAUUUUAUCCCUUUCAAGGAAUAGUCAGUUGUCACUAAAAUUCGAAUCCAAUGUCACUUAUAGUUUUACUAACCUACAAAUACUCAAAUUAUCUUCUGUCAACUUGAUCGAAUUUCACAACUUACAAGGAGAAUUUCCAAGUUUGUCACAUCUGGAUCUUUCCAAAAACAAACUUAAUGGAAGAAUGCCCAAUUGGUUUCUUGGAAAUAUUUAUUGGCAAUCUGUGGACCUCUCUCAUAACUUGUUCACGUCAAUAGAUCAAUUUAUUAACCUCAAUGCAUCCGAAAUCUCUGUCCUUGAUCUUAGUUUUAAUUUACUGAAUGGUGAAAUCCCUUUGGCAGUUUGCGAUAUCAGUUCACUUGAAUUUUUGAACUUGGGAAACAACAAUUUGACUGGUGUCAUUCCACAAUGUCUUGCUGAAUCACCAUUCCUUUAUGUUUUGAAUCUACAAAUGAACAAAUUUCAUGGCACUUUGCCUAGUAACUUUUCAAAGGAAAGUCGUAUUGUGUCUCUGAACCUCUAUGGCAACCAGUUAGAAGGCCAUUUUCCAAAAUCCUUGUCUCGGUGUAAAAAGUUGGCGUUUCUAAACCUCGGCAGCAACAGAAUAGAAGACAGUUUUCCUGAUUGGCUUCAAACAUUGCCAGAUUUGAAAGUAUUGGUUUUGCGAGACAAUAAGUUGCAUGGUCCCAUUGAAAAUUUAAAGAUCGAGCAUCUAUUUCCAAGCUUAAUCAUUUUUGAUAUCUCGGGCAACAGCUUUAGUGGUUUUCUACCAAAAGCCUAUUUAAAAAACUAUGAAGCUAUGAAGAAUGUUACUCAACUGAUUGGGGAUAGCAACUUGCAAUACAUGGACAAGCCGUUUGAUAUGUCCUACACAGAAUACUCAGAUUCUGUGACUGUGGAAAUAAAAGGGAACAAAAUGACACUGGUGAAAAUUCCAAUAAAGUUAGUAAGUAUUGAUUUGUCAAGAAACAAAUUUGAAGGAGAGAUUACAAAUGCUAUUGGAGAGCUUCAUGCACUCAAAGGGCUUAAUCUUUCCCGUAACAGACUUACUGGUCAUAUUCCCAACUCCAUAGGAAACUUGGCAUACUUGGAAUCUUUGGAUCUUUCAUCAAAUAUGUUAACCAGUGUGAUUCCUGCAGAAUUAACCAAUUUGGGCUUUCUUGAAGUCUUAGAUAUUUCAAAUAACCAUCUAGUGGGAGAAAUACCUCAAGGAAAGCAAUUCAAUACAUUUACAAAUGAUUCCUAUGAAGGAAAUUCAGGGUUAUGUGGAUUACCCUUGUCAAAGAAAUGUGGACCUGAACAACAUUCUCCACCUUCAGCCAACAACUCUUCCUCUUGGAAUGAAGAGAAAUUUGGAUUUGGAUGGAAAGCAGUGGCAAUUGGAUAUGCAUGUGGAUUUGUGAUUGGAAUAAGCAUUGGAUAUUAUAUGUUUUUAAUUGGAAAGCCUAGAUGGCUUGUCAUGAUAUUUGGUGGUCAGCCUAAGAGAAGAGUGACAAGGAGAACAAGAGUGAGGAGCGCACAUGGUUCAAACAUGAAUCAGAAUCAGAUGGUGCAAAUGUCAUAGUUUUAUUGUCGUAGUUACUUUCUCCGUUGGGUGUUGGUUUUUUACUUUCUGUUUAAAAUAAGCUUGAUUUUGAGUGUGAUUUUGGAUUGUAAAGAUUAUACUC